AUGAAGGAGUACGAUGCUAUUCUCAUCAGGAUGACGGAUAUUGCCCUGCAGUGCCUGGUCCUGCAGACCCGCCUGGGAAGUGCUUCCAUUCUGCGCAGAAAAAGUCCUUACCACUUGCACCCCCUCUCCCCUGCCACCAACCCCCUCCAUCCCAGCCCCUCGGAACCCCUCUUCUCCUUCCUCCUGCAGGCCAUGGCUGCCGCAGCAUUCCUCGUCCGUGUCUUACUGUGUUUCAUCCUGAACCUGCCGAUGGCUGGUGAUGAGCUAGAUGAGGCUACGCAAGAACGCCUGGAGGAGCGUGCCCAGUACCUGAACCAGGAGCUGACUCGGCUGUUGCAGGAGAUCGAGGAGAGGACCGUGGAUCAGAAGACUCAGGAGCAGAGUGGCUUUGCCCAGGGAUCCCAGCUCUUUGACCCCUUGCAGCAGUGGCACUUCUGGUGCUUGUCAAAUAGUUUCUUCCCUGUGCUGUGUCCACCCAUCGAGGUGGGCUGUGCUUUCGAAGGUUGGGAUCCCUGGGAGGAUUAUCCCAUCUGCCACUUCCUUGUGCCACUGAAGCCCCCGCAUGGGCACACAUUCCACAUGGAGCCAGAUACUGCAGAGGUGACGCAAGCAAGGAACUUCUGCAUCCGUGUGGAGAUGCAGUGCACCUGCACGGCAGAGCAGCAGGUGAUGGGGACGCGGUGCUUUCUCCAUCACCCAGAUGAAGAGUCAAGGGGGAAUCAGGCCCCCGGCAUCCUACACACCCUCUGCACUGGCUCCUACCUGGAUGUGGAGAGGACUGUCUGCUGGUCUGAUGAAAACCUGAAGUGCUGGAAGGCUUUGCCUGAAUUGUCCCAAAUGGUUCUGCCCUCCAGCCGCUGCUGCAGAUACGAGAUGAGUAGAGAUGUACAGAUAAUCCUAGUCAUUGAGAUUAUCUUUGGUAUGCAGCAAGGGCACUUGGACAUCUUCCUGAGUAGCCAGGCUACAGAGGACACUUCCACCCCCAGCACAACGUGGCCAGAGAGCUGUGCUGUGGCAGAGGUGAAGUUCUUCAAGCAUAUGGCUACUCGCACCCGCUCUCCCCUGCCACCAGCCCCUCGGAACACCUCUUCUCCUUCCUCCUGCAGGCCAUGGCUGUCACAGCGUUCCUCGUCUGUGUCUUGCUGUGCUUCGUCCUGA